AUGUCAUACCUCGGGCCAUUCAAUGGUCAUGUCAACGGAGCCCUUGUGAUGAAAGAGCUCCACAAACCGUGGCCUCACUGGCAUACAGAUAAUCAUAGCCUCGUCAGUAAUAUGCCACAAAGACUUAAAAACCGGUUCAAGACGGCCCCGUAUCUCACAGAUCAAGGUACCGGCUCAGUCUUUUCUCUCGUGAAGAGCGCCGAAAGUCUCGAAUCUAUUGUCGAAAAGGGAAUAAGCAAAUGGUACACUACUCGCAAGUCCCUAGACUUUCUCGACGCUGGAAAUCGACUUCGAUCAAAUCCAUCAAACGUAAGACGAUGGAUGGCGCACCUUCUCCUCAAUACCACCAUCAAUAUCGCAGUGGCACAAACGAUAGGGCAAAAAUGGCGUGCACCAGCAAAUCACUUCUACAACAGGGAGAUGUUUAGUCAGUAUUCUGCAACAGACCUGCUUAAAGACAUUGAGAUCCCCAAAUUUGAGUUUAGCAAAACCGACUACAUGCAAGCUUCCGAAAAUCUGGGCUUAGCGGUGAUCCAAGACGUCCGCGAAGUGCCUGCAGGUCACCAAGGGCUGCAUCUGCCCGAAGGAACUUUAGGAGGCGGAAAACAGACCAGCUCAUUCGAUCAGACACUGUUCGUACAGGUACAGGGGGAAGAGCUUGAAGACAUGAUGUUCACUAUUCUCCAACCUUCGUUUGAGGAUUCGCAGGGUGUGCUCAUCAUGCAGAACAUCAAAAGCAAUCCUGGGAAGGCUCCUACGUCGCUGCUAUCGCCAAAGGUCUUCAAUGCUUUGAUGAUGCUCGAUUUCUGGAACCCCGUGUAUUCCUGGAGAAGAGCUGUGUUGAUGCAAUACGUUCCUAUGUCGACUGUUUACAACGAGACUACUGGGAAGUACGACUUGGAAGAUCAGUUCAUCGCCAACGUCAAGAACUCAAAGUUCUACCUGGAGGAAGACCCCGAAGUUCGUAACGCAAGUCCAGAAUACCAGUUUAUCACACUCCUUGAUACAGAACUGCAGACUCACCAAGCCAAGAUCAGACAAUACAUGCACAGUGUCGAUGCACGAUUAAAGACUGUCGAGGGUCUGAUAGACUACAUCAGACUUGCAGAAUCUCGGAGGCUGAUUUACCGCCCACUGCCCCUUGACGAGUUUGCCCUGACAAUUCCGUACGCACUUAAGUAUGGACUCGACUUCCAUUCUCGGUACGAGAUGACGGAGGCUGGAGAUAUACAGACCCUACCGGGCAGAGGUUCGAAAUUCUUUCGGUCAUGGACCCGCACGCAGGAUGGGUGGUCUCUGGCUGGCUACGACCCUCAUCUCAUCCCGAGGCCCGACGGACUGGACGAAGACUCCCCGUCGCUUACAAGCCCUCCGGCGGCCGCUUCAAGGAGCAUCCGCUCAGCGCAGACGAAGACAACGCGAUGUCCAUACAGGGAGGUCUGGCCGGAGAUCUAG